AUGUACGCCACCUGUCUCAUGGUCAUUCUUGCCACCGAAAUUGCCGCUGCUAUUUAUGCCGCUAUGCAUAGUCAUAUGUUCGAAAACGACUUUCGAGAAAUUUUACGCGCUUCGUUACGUCUUUAUAAUGGAACAGACAGCGUGAAAGAGAACCAACGCGAUGGUAUGCUUAUGAAAGCAGCAUGGGACAAACUAAUGAUGGAGAAAUCGUGUUGUGGUGUCGAUUCAAAAAUUGGCGAAUUCAAAGAGUCCGGUUGGUUUCACUUGACAAAGGGACGUUUUGCGUUUCCUCCAGCGUGUUGUCCUCCUGAUGCGAAUGGAAGGCUUAAGCCUGUGUGCAAUUUAACAUCGCGACAUGUCGAUGUAAGUCCUCAUAUCAACUCGAAAUUUUGAUA